AUGGCCGACCUCGAUGUCGCAAGUCAUUACAAUCUCCCCGACGAAUUCCCCGAUGAAUGGCCUGCAGCUUUGGAUGAAGCCGACCAACCUGAAGAACCAGUUCAACGAGCAGACUCCCGUCCCCGCAAGUCACGAUACAUCGCUCUCGAGCGAAGCCCCAGUGAUUGGAGAAGCAACUUCGGUUCACGAAGGGGGAAGGAUGGCAGAGAAAACGCACAGAAGGACGAACCGGACCCAUUGGGCACAGGCGAUAGUGUUCUUCGAAUCCUCAAGCAGCGAGGCAUACCUUUAGAGGAGGAGAGCGGCAAGCAAUCACGUUUCCUCUUGUCAUCAACAUCAUUCUCGCCCGCGCUCUUUCUGUCCCAGGCGCAUCAUUCGGCAUCUAUCGAGUCGUUGACGAGUGGCUUGGAGAACCUAUCACAUUCCAUCGAUCAAAAGUCUGCGUCGCUAAAGGUACUGGUGGAGGCCAACUUCGAGCGCUUCGUCCGCGCCAAGGCAACCAUUGAUAGUGUCUACACCGAGAUGAGAAACCAAGGCGUGGAAAAGCAACCCGGUUUAGGUCCCCGCAGGUCAGGGCACUUCCGCAGCUACUCGGGUCAGCAGCGGAGCAUGUCUCCUGCCCCAGUUGUGGCCAAGAAAACCGCGCUUGUUAAGGAAAGCGAGUACGGUAUGAAAGGUAUCCGAGGUCCAUUGGUUGAAGCAUCAGUCAAGGCCGAGGAGGUGUGGGGUCCAGCUCUAGGGGGCCGGGAGCGAGAACAGGUGCUCAAGUCAGUGGUGGAGACCAUGGAGAAACACCGUGAUGUUUAUGAGAUUGGUAGUCAUUUGUCAAAGUCCAUCCAGCAACGCGAUUACGAUUCUGUCUUUGAGCAGUAUACGAAGGCAAGAACGCUUGCCAAUCAAGCUAAGGAUAUCGCACAGCGAGCUGCUGCUAGCUCCCGUCAACAAUUAAAUGACACCGAAACGCACACUAUCCUAGCCAUGGGCCGUAUGUGGGUGGACGUUGAUCAACAAAUUCACGAUUUCAAGCGCGAGCUCUGGAGGCGACUUGCUGAUGCACCCACUACAUCGACUACAAGCACUGCCUCAGGCCCCGUUGAAGAACAUAUGGAGUUGAUCGGGGCCUUGUUGGAGCUGGGUGUCGAGGACAAUCCCAUCUGGACGUGGCUCCAAAGUCGCUAUGAAUUUUUGAAGGCAAGAAUUACCGGUUUUUGUGACCGAUGCAAAGUCGAAAUCGAGAUACUACGGAGAAGACUUGCUGGUGGAGAGAAACCAACUGCGCAAGCUGCUGCGUCCUAUCUACGCUCUGCGCCUCGUGAUGGGUCAACAGAAACCCCACAGAGACUGGACACCGAUCAAGUCAUCGAGCUGUGGGAAUGCAUACAGGCAUUUUUGAACCGGCUUCUUUCUUCACAAAAUGGCCUGCUAGGCGAGGUGUUAGAUUUUUGGGAAGUGGCACAAUCAUUCAUCGAUGGAAAUCGGCAACGACUAUUGCCUGCUGGCUUUGAGGGCGAGAGUCGCAAACAUCACCGCCUUUCAGUUGACAGGAUCAAGGAGUUAGAGCGGGGGGUGGACAUUUUGGUCAAUCUCAUUCGCGACAGCGUCUUAGUCCUUUUCACCGAACCUCCAAUCGAAGAUGUCUCUCUGCUUUUCUCCCCGAUACCAUCAAGUCCCUCAACUCCAGAGUCCAGAGGUAUCACUCCAACGGAAUCUCGUUUCAAGCUUGAUCCAAAGAAUCUACCAUUCCCUCUCCCCGAAGCUGGGAGAAUAUUGGGAAGACUAUGCAUUCUGGCCUCCAUUCUCCAAUUCACUCAGUGUGAAAUGGCGGCCUUGCGACCCGUUGGCGCCAGUGGGAAAACAUAUGAUCUCCUCAAGACACUAGUCAGCGUCGCCCGAGAUCGAUGUGCCCGUGUCGCAUGUGCUGCCUGGAGCAAAGAUGCGGAGAUCUGCAAGCUGCUAGAGGACUGGACUCGGGACUCAGAGAAGCGAGAUUUGACGAAGAUGCCCGGGUUCUUCGUGACCUUUGAAGGGGCUAUUUUAGGGGGCAUCCAAAGGAUCCUCUAUAUUUCGGAGGCAAUGGCAAAGCCAGGUACUGUUGAUGUCGUCACCCAGCCUCCUGCAAAGCUACUCCAAAUGGUCCGCGCUCAAUUUGUGUCCAGUGUUUAUAAAGCACUAAGCGGACUGGUGGAGAAUGCGGAGCGCGUUACGACAGUCGAGGAGGAAAAUGAAUGGAUCAUUUCUCGGCCAGCUAUGACAAGCCAGGCGACCGAUGCUGCUUUGUCGGUGCUUUCAGCAGAUUCUGUCGAUUCUUUAAAUCGGAAUGUUCGAAUCCUUCUUACUCUCUCCAACCUCAAGGCUCUCCAGGCUGAUCAUGUGCCACAAUUGAUAUCGAACUUCGAGACAUCUUUCUCGGUCAAGCUAACGGAAGAAGCGAAGACCGUUCGUGAUGUCCUCAGUCAAAUCGAAGACAGACUAUUCCAGUCAUAUGUCAAUCCCACCACCAAAUUGCUAAAUGAGACCAUCACAAAUGGCAUUGCAUCUGCAGACUGGGAGCCUUCAAGUGAACGGCCGGAGCAAGUUCGACCAUAUGUAUACAACACCAUGUUGACAAUGGUGCUGGUCCACACCGAAAUUUCCACAACCAUCCCGUCUACCGUAUCAUCAGUCGCCAGUCGAACCUCGGCAAAUGCGCCCUCUUCUCUGCUAGCCACUGUACUGACCCAUCUAUUGUCCAAAAUCUCUUCGUCGCUGCUUACUGCCUUCCGUGCUCGGUCUUCUUUCUCACUUGCCGCACUCAUGCAAGCUACCCUGGACACCGAAUUUAUCUCACAGACACUUACUUUAUACGCAACGGAGGAGGCGUCAAAUGUGCAAAGCCAGAUCUAUGUGGAGUUAGAUCGCCGCACCACCAACGAAGCUCGUACAAAGCUCCAAGCCGAAUUGGGGGAAAUGAGGGUCGUCUUGAAAAGGCUAAGAGAUCGAACGAAGGGCGAAUUUGCUUGUUUCAAGAAGCCCAGGGGUGUUGGUGGCAGUAGCUCCAAGUCUUCCACCUCGAGUGUUCCAUAG